UUCCGGUGCGGAACCGUAGCCUGAGCGGAGGACUGGUCACCAGCGCGGGGUCUGAACCGGUAGAUCAGGAGGUGGUGGCGUGUGGGAGUUGGGACGCGCGGCCGUCGCCAUGCCGUUCCUGCACGGCUUCCGCAGGAUCAUCUUCGAGUACCAGCCCCUGGUGGACUCCAUCCUGGGCGCCCUGGGCAUCCAGGACCUGGAGCGGCAGGAGCCCGUGCACGAUUAUGCUGCCAGCGAGGAGAGCCGCAUCCUGGUCCUCACCGAGCUGCUGGAGCAGAAGGCCCACUCGCCAUUCUACCAGGAGGGGGUGAGCAACGCUUUGCUGAAGAUAGCUGAGCUGGGGCUGACUCGGGCAGCGGCUGUCCUUCUGCAGAGUGGGGCCAACCUCAAUUUUGAAGACCCCGUUACAUACUACACAGCCCUGCACAUCGCUGUCCUGAGGAACCAGCCUGACAUGGUGGAGCUGCUGGUGCGCCACGGGGCGGACAUCAACAGGAGGGACCGGAUCCAUGAGAGCAGCCCCUUGGAUCUGGCCAGCGAGGAACCAGAACGCCUACCCUGCCUGCAGCGCCUCCUGGAUCUCGGAGCAGAUGUCAAUGCAGCUGACAAGAACGGGAAGACAGCGCUGCUGCACGCUCUGGCCAGCAGCGACGGAGUGCAAAUCCACAACACAGAGAACAUCCGGCUCCUCCUAGAGGGCGGGGCAGAUGUCAAGGCCACCACCAAAGAUGGGGACACUGUAUUCACAUGCAUCAUCUUCCUGCUCGGUGAGACCGUCUGUGGGGACAAGGAGGAGGCCCCGAUGAUCAACCGCUUCUGCUUCCAAGUCACGCAGCUUUUGCUGGCCCACGGAGCCGACCCCAGUGAGUGCCCGGCCCAUGAGUCCCUCACACAUAUCUGCCUCAAGAGCUUCAAGCUGCACUUCCCCCUCCUGCGCUUCCUGCUGGAGUCAGGGGCCGCCUACAACUGCUCCCUGCACGGCGCAUCCUGUUGGUCUGGCUUCAACCUCAUUUUUGAGAGGCUGUGCUCCCACCCGGGCUGUGCCGAGGACGACAGCCAUGUUGAGCUCCUGCAUAAGGCCGAGACCGUGCUGGACCUCAUGGUGACUAGCUCUCAGAGGCUGCAGCUGCCUGAGAACUUCAACAUCCACCCAGUGGGUAGUUUGGCAGGGAAGAUCCAGGCCCUGCAUGCCUCCCUGCGGCAGCUGGAGAGCUACCCGCCACCUCUCAAGCACCUGUGCCGCGUGUCCAUCCGGGUGUGCCUGCGGCCGUGGCCUGUAGACACCAAGAUCAAAGCGCUGCCCCUGCCUGACAGGCUCAAGUGGUACCUGCUCAGUGCACACAGCAGCACAGAAGACAGCUGCUGACUGCUGAGGAACCCAGGAUGGAAUGAUCUGGGGUGGCCAAAGCCAACCUGACGGUAGACCUGGCCCCUGAACAGUCUUCAGAGGGUCCUUUUAUCUGGACAAGGCUUGUCUUUACUGAUAUAAACCACUAGGGCAGUGCCCUCGAGGCUAAAGGCAUAGCUGCCUCUGGGAAGAGGCCCACCUACUCUCCCUCAGUGUUCCUAAAUCUCAGCCACGAUGGAGGGGCCAGUGCGCCUGGGAAACAUCUCUCUGUAUUAGGAGCUGACCAGGCCAUUUCGUAGAAGCAGGAAGUAGAGGCCAGGCCCCUCAGAGCUCUGGCAGCUGGUUGGUUCUUGAGGGGUGGGGAGGGAGGAAGAGAUACUUUCCUGGGUCUUUCAGGGGCCAACACCAAAAUCCUGGGCCAUCCAGUUAGGUCCUAUUAUACUGCCUCAGGUCUCACAAUGCUUUUGAGGAGCUGGAGACAACACGGAGGCCACCACAGGCUGACCAGGCUAGAGCCUGCCUGAUCCUGUGGCCUUUGGUGCUCUCUGGCUGGUGGCAGCUCUGCUCGGGGCAUAUCCCGGCCUCAGGAACAGUGCCUACUACUAAAGGUGAGGGCCUCCCCAGAACCUAGUGCUGAGGCCUUGGCAGUCUGCUUGGCCUUUGGGAGUGAGCAGAGAUGAUUAAAUAUAUUUGCAACAUUAAA